AUGGAAAAACCAACCCUUCAACCCAAACCCAAUCACAGCCCCAAUAGCCCUCCCGUUUGGGACUGUGGAAGCUCUCUCUAUGAUUCCUUCGAGCUCAAUUCCUUCAAACAACACCUUGACUCUGCCAUAGCCUCACGUACCCUCUCCAUGCCUCACUUAUCCGACCGCCCCGCUCCCCCGCCCCCGCUCCCGCCCCGCUCUUGUGUACCUAUGUCCAAGGCUUCUUCUAAACUCUCUCGCUCCCUCUACAAACUCCUCCGCUCUCUCUUUCGACCCAAAUCUAAUUCUAGAACCUCCAUCUUUCGGGCUCGAGAUCAACCCAAAGAUGGAUUUUAUGUCUUCUAUGAAGUCGGGUCGCUCUCUACCAUCCCCGAAGUCCCCGAGGCCGACUUUGGAACUGGCCUUUCGCCCGAGAUUGGGUCGUUGGUGAGGAAGACUGCUUCUGAGAGGUUCACGGCUAACUCCCUUGGCAUCUCCUUGAAUAUUUGA